CUUGUCACCCUGACAGUCGAGUACAGAUGAGCAGAGCAAAGAGUGACGGACAGUCAUCUCUGCUCUAACAGAGGGCUACUAUUAAACAAAUGGAGUUUCAGCAGCUUCACUUUAGCUGAUUGGCCCAAAAUGUGCGUGAGACCUGACCAACUUGGCCCACUGGGAUAGCUUGAGCAGCAUGGAAACAACAGACAAAGCUUCAUGCGAAGUCUUGCCUUUCUUGUCAGGUGACUGCUCCCCUACGGUUCCUGAGUCAGAACUGUACCGAAGCCUCCAGGCUGUGCUGCCCCGUCUUACCGACCCACAGCAGAGCCCAGACUGGUGUAACAAAGGAAUGCUGAGAUGGACACUUCAUAAGAAGGUUCAAAACAACCCUGCCAACAGCUUAUCUCUGCUAAGGGUGCUGAUAAAGGAGCUCGAAAAGGCUGAAAGAUGGGAUUCUCGCCAAUCCAUCAUUCCUCUGCUCCACACACUGAUGCACGCCAUAAUUCAGACAGCCUACAUCCCAGAUGAGCUGUACAAACGCGUGUAUGACUUUUGUAAGAAGCUACUGACCUAUCCCCAUCCUUUUUGCACCGUGGGCCUCAGCUACACAAGACAAAUAAAAACUGAACGCUUCAUCCCAGGUCUGAUGUACCAGAGGAUGAUCACAGCAGAGCAGAAGCUAAAAAAUGAGCACUAUCCCUUUCAAGAGAGGGUUUUUGUGUUGGCUGAUCCAGACAUCUUCUCUGGUUCCAUGAUACCCGCCAUAAUGGAGGACUUUGAAGUGUCUGCCUCGGCUUCGGCUGGAUUUCAGAGUCAGCUAGAACACAUGCGCAGCGUCGUUCAGCACACCUUACAGGCGGCUUUAGGACCAGAGCAAUGCCACGGUUCAAAACUGGCUCAGGCCCUCAGGGACAUGGGUCAGGAAGUUGAGCCGUACUUUCAGGAAGUCUUGGCAACUCUUGAGCAGUGCGUGGAGGAGGGCUACCGAGGUGAAGGCGGAACACUGAGCAGCCGUCUUCAGCAGCUGUACAGCGAGAUCAUCUCUGAUUCUAAUGCAGAAGAACCUUUGUGUGGCGGACCACUGUGUGACUGCCCUGUUCCUAACCCUGAGAUGAGCUUCUACCUGUGGACAGAGGAUCUGGAUAUCUGGCGGGAGCUGUCCAAGUGGUUCCGAUCCAAUAGCGUGUCCGAGUCCUUCUCCUCCUUCAGCCAAGAACAGGAGGACUUUGAGCUGGGUGAAUCACCCUGCACUCUGAUGUCAGCCGAUAUGCCUCGCUUCUCUAUUUUGUCCAACGACAGUGGGAUCGAAAGGGACUGGCCCUCCAGCUUUGAUUUCUCUCCAUCAUCCUUACUGGACAACCCUAGCAUCAGUUCAGCAUGGGAACAGUGCAAAAUCGGCACCGGAGCCCAUCCCAGUCAGAACCUGGAUUGUGCCUUUAGAUCUUCACUUUCCCCCAGUGAUCAAGACUCGAGUCGACUGUUGCGGCGCGGAGGCAUCAAACUGAAACCGACAGCCAAGGACAGCAUGGUGCUCAUGCAAGACACACUGGAGGACCACGCAAAUGCAGCAGGUGGAGGAAAUGCAGCGAGGGGGGGAAGAAGAGGGGCCACUCUGCAGAGGCGAGCUGGGGCCAACAUGAUGGAGAAUCACUUCCCCAAGCAGCAGAGAUACUUUACUGCAAAGAUCGUCAUUAUGGGAGAUGACAGGGUACUGGGUCGGCUGGCGAAGGCCUAUUACUUCUACAGAAAGAGAGAAGCACGGCGGCUUUUUCUUACAAUGAAAGUCAAUCUCCAGUUCUACUACAUCCCUGUCUGCCCUCCCCAGCCACCACUCUCACCAGCCACGGUAAAUCUCAGUCAGUCCAUGGGGGAUUCCUGCACUCUUGGUUCCUACUUGAGCAACGUGGAUCCAUGGUACAACAGCAAUAUCAGCAGCUUGGGAUGCAUGAUCCAUAAACUGGCUAAACUGCAAGAAAUGAAUCCAGAGAGACCCAAAGACCCAUUCAUCUCUGAUGUCAUUGCAUACUAUGUCCGCAGCGGCCAACAGCCUAUCUACUUCACCAUCUAUUUUGUAAAGAUUACAUUCAACAGCAUGACAAAGGAUCCAGUGGAAGAUGUGUUCCUGACUCACCUGGAAAUAGAGUUCCCAGAAUUCAAACAGAUUUCAGCUUCAGUUAAAGAUAAACAGAAGAAGAGCUGCGGGGAAAUAUGUGGAGCUGUUAUCUCUAUGAAUUACAAGAAGGUGACAUUAAGUGGCCGAGAUGUUGACGUAGGAAUUUCAGUCAGAACAUCUGGAGCUCAGAUUAAUGCCGUUCCCUCCAGCGAAGCAGAAGAUCUGAACUGUUUGACUCUAAUGCUGAAUGAAGCUCCAACAAAGACAAAAAGCCUGGGUGGGGAAUCUAAGAUUCGGACUAGCAACAUUAAGAUUCGCACGUUAGAGAGGCGGUCUUUUACUCUCACGCUUGACAGAGACAGUCGGAGGACUUACAAACAUGUGCAGAGCAUCGAGGUCUCUCCCUGUCUGGAUCCUGGCUACUGCGUGCAGAAAACCAUGAGGUCCAAGUUUUGCUUGGAUGCAGAUAAAGAUGCUGGCCUGAGCAAAUACAUGAGUAAAGCUCUUCCUCUACCAAUCAACACAUUUGCUGGCAUUAUCAACUGAUGUGUCAAAGUCACCCAACACUUCAUCAAGGAGUAAGGAGAUUUUUCCUCACUUAGUUUGUGAGCGAGAAUGAUGGUCGUCUGAUGAUUCGAGCUUCAAAGAACAAAAAAUAAUCACCUUUCAGACCUAAUGAGCUGCUCCUGGACUCAAAGUGUUCUGCAUCUGUCACUGGGCUCUUACUGACAUUGAUUGAGAAAGACAUUUUUUUUUAUCCAGAAUAAAAUAAGCAACACAUACAGUACUAUGAUCAAAUUCAAAGUGACUGCCUCAUCAAGUGUACUGAUUUUAGUGUUAGAAAGUCUUAUCACGCUGCAGGACCGGAUUGAUCAGCAUUGUUCUCUUUGUAAAUAACCUGCUUUGUAUACUUUAAUGACGACAGAUAUUCAUUAUUUAAGUGCCUAAUAGCAAAGAAAAAUGUUGCCUGGAGAAACAAUCAGAGACAAUGAAUUAACCAAGUAUACAUUGAUCAGCCACAAUAAAACCACUUAUGUUUCGAAGUUAGAAGUGUAGCCAUCAUGUAUUGUGCUUGUUCUAUCAAGUGACACCGAGUCUGAUCACUUUUUCAGGGCACUUGGUACCAGAGAGGAACACCAGCGUUAGCAAUUUAGACUCAAGUUGGACUUCAGUCACAACAACAUAGACUUUAGACUUUACUUGGGGUCCGUUCACACAGCAGGUCUUGAUGCUCAAUUCUGAUUUUUUUUUGCUGAAGUCCGAUUUCUUUUGUUGCUUGGGGGUUCGCACUAUCAUCGUCCGUCUUCAGAAUUCAGUCUGAGCGGUUCACAACCCCAAAGUGACCUGCGUGCGCAGAAGGAGAAUGUAGACGUCACACAGCAGCACACUGUUUACAGAAGCAAAAUUGGGUGUCUGUCUGUGUAUUAUUUUUCAAGUUGUUGAGCAGUGGAAGCAGGCAAUAUUAUGACCACAUCAUAACAGGAUGAUGAAGGUUAAGCCAGAAGAGAGAACUAUUAACGAUGGCCUUUAGUGGAGCAGUGACUGCUAUAUCUGUAGAGAAGUCUGUGUGGAUGUGUACUCGCUGUCAGGACAACAAUGUAAAUAUCUGAUGAACUGCGACAUGACCGUUCUGACUGCGGAUGCUUUUGAAAACCAUUGAAUAUCUGAUUUAGUAACACAUAUGGAAGUGGCACAAUUUUUUUGGAGGUAAAAAAAUCAAAAUCAGGCUAUUUGGGCCGCCAUGAAAAAGUUGGAUAUGGGUCGCAUGUGGGCAAAGAAAACAUCGCAUUUGCCUGCAGUUGGAUCGUAGCCUUGGACUCAUGUUUGAAAGACUGCAGACUUUACUUAGGCUCGUGUUCUGGGACUUGAGUCUCAUUAACAAUCUUUGUCUCAUGUAAUUGGCAUUUAGUAAGUAGGGAAGAGUGGAUCAUCGGAGUACAUGAUUAGUGUUUGCACCUCUGAGCUACGGUUGUAUAUUAAAACGGUUGUCAGUGGUAACAUUACACAAUAUGUACGGCUUCUCUGUGAUGUUUAUUAACAGUAAUUCCCAGUAAAAGCAGUUAAGAGCAGCUUCUGGGUUUAUCGUUUUUUUUUUUUUUUUUUUUGCCUCCAUCGGGCAGAAUUUACAGUAAGAUGCGUUCAGCAGCUCAAACAGAGUCCUGUUAAAGGGUGCGUUUGAAUUAUUCACCAGGGACUGUCACAGACCAUGAGCUAGUAAUGGUUCAUAACAACUUGUUCAUGGUUGUUGUAGCCUUGCAAUAAUGAUCACUAUCAAACUGAGCUCUGUAUUAACUGACUGUAGGUCCUUUCAUAAGAUAAACUUACCUUACUUCUGAUAUCUUAUUUUCUCAUUGUUAAAAUACCUUCAUUACAAAGACUUUUCCCUUCCUUCUAAAAUAAAAGCACUUCCCGCUUGAUCAAUCCAGACAUGAACUGGUUUAAUCUUAUGUCUAAUAGAUUUAUAUUAAUAUUAAAUGCAUAUUUAUAUGUUCAGUGAGGUACACAUAGAUUAUUAUUGUUUUAAAUAAUUCUCUGAAUUGCAUGUAAUCAAAAAGAUGAAGUUUUUAGAUGUUCAUAUGUUCACUUAGGCCCAAUGAUUUGAAUUCAGAACCUAUGUUUUAAAGCAUAAUGUGGUGUAAGGGCCUGCAUCAGAUGAGACAAUGCUAAUGUCAAUCAUUAGAGGCUUGGUACUUUACUUGGACUUGGAAUGAAGAAUUGAGACUCAACUUGGCCUUAGGGAAUAAUGACCUGUGAACUUCUCUAUUUGGCACUUUGACCCGUUUCUUGAUAUUCUCCUAAACCUUGACAUAUCCUACUUGGAGAGUCGCUUUCAUGGCCUCAUGAAGGUCCACAAAAAUACCAGCGUUACAUUGUGAUCAGAUUUUAUUAGCCGUCAGUGGUUUCAUUUUGUGGCUGAUCAGUGUUUUUACUUCAGUCGGUAAUUGGGACGUUUUAGUUAUACAUCUGUAGGGAAUCAGCUUCAUGAAGUUAUCACAUACUGUAGAAGGUUUUAAGAGCUUAUCUUCAUGCCUACCCUGUGCCUAUAUACACACUACCUUUAAAUUGCCGUCUUGACACACGCAGACACUCAUGUACAUACACACACACACACACACACACAGAUACAAGAAUGCACUCUCACCUGACCUGCCCCCUGCUGGACCAGUACUCUUACUGCUCUUAUCUUACCUGAUGCUCAGGAUCUUUACUGCUACCAUUCAGGCAUCCAUACCUUUCUCAUCUGUUACAUAAUAAGCUCUUAUCAAGGUGAAAAUGACUGACAUUAGCCUGUGCUGUAACUGUAGACAUUUUUCAGAACGACCUCACAUAACAUGGUGUAAAAUACAUAUUUAAAGCAUAAUAGCAGACUUGUAAUUACUGAGAAAUAUCUUAUUGAUGCAUAAUUACCAUUAGAUAUUACUCUUCUUACAGAGAGGGAUGAUCAUGAUCUGACACAAUUACUGGUUCUGUUGUUUUUCAUGCUAAAGUGAAACAAGGUUGUGUUGAAGGGUUAUUAGUCGUUAAUAUGUUACCAGCAGUAGUUACCUGUCUUCUAUCUACAUUUAUUAAAAUACAGAUAAGCUGGGAUGUUGAAGCUGAAGUUAACAGCUUGUCCAAGGGGGGCUAAGACCCAAAUGGACUACUUCCAUCUCAAAACAAUCCCAAUCUCACAAAUGUCACAGCAGUUUAUGUGAUCUCUCAUCACGUUUAUAUUGGGCAGUAAUUUACGCAGAAGCUGGACAUUAUUUAUACAGGAAAUGGAGGUAGUAUGUGCUGCACCCUCAUCAAUGACCUUCCUGUGUGAAGCAUAUUGAGAACAAGACAUGGUUUUUGAAUAGGGUCUACCUGAUUGAGGUUAAAUAAUUGCUUUAUUUACUCUGCUUUUAAAUGAAGCUGUUACUCUUUAAACGCUUAAAACUUUUUGGUCUCAAACAAGGAAGGUCAUUUUUUGUGCGCCUCCUCUUGCCACCAUUUUCCGUCUAAAUAAUUAACUGCUUGUCUGUAAAUAAUGGCCCAAUAACGGGUUAAAUGUUUAUUGAGAUGUUCACAUAAAUUGAUAUGGCAUUUUGGAGACCAGAGUUUAUUUAGACGGUAGAAGUCCGCUUUGUGUCCCUCUUAGCAUACUGGAUUUAGACUCUAAGAUUUAUAUAUUGCAGGUGCUAUAUUAACUGCUUAUGUAUUUUUACAGAAUCUCACUUUAAAAAUGCUCAACUAUCCCUUUUAGUUUCUGUUUUAUGUGUCUAAUUUUACAGGAUAUAAUGGAGUAUAAUUUGCACCCUUAUAAGUGUGAUAUGUGUCUUUGAAGGUCUCAGAAACUGGAAGGGGCAAGCUGAAUGAAUAAGAGUCAUUAAUCAUUAAAGUACAUGGAUAUGUGUGUCUGCUGGCCUAGCAGGGGGAAAAUCAUGAGUUUGAAAUUCAUGAUUUAUUUUGCACAAUAAUUUCUCCUUAUGUUAUAAAUGAAGGAUGUAUUCAGACUUUUGGAAUGUUAUUUUCUAAAUAAAUGAUUUGGUUUUGUAGAAAA